UGGACGCUUUCUGAGGAAGGAGGAAGUUACCUCCGAAACUGUCAAGGCUUCUGAUGUUGCUGUUUUUUAAAGGAAGAGGAAGUAACACAGUUCAACGGAUCCUCUUGUAGCCUAUGGGUGAGCUGACAGUGAGAGGAGCUACAGCGGCAUCACACAAACAGUGAGGACAUGGCGGCUGUGGAUGAUGUGGAGGAGAGUGAGGAGUUUCGGCUGCUCGAGGCUUACUGUGCCAAGAGGACACAGCAGAGGUUACAUCCGUCCAUCGACAGUGAUCUGUGUCUACGUGGCCUUGUGCAGUUUGAAAGUGGAGGCGCAGGAAUCAGAUCCUCAGAUGAGAACCAGAAUUCACUGUGGAAUAGAUUUCGUAUGAAUUUUAUGAGGACAGCGUCUGAAAAUGAUGAACCAGGCGUAAGAAGUGCCUCGGCUGCAGGACUGAUCAAUGUGACUCAGCUCUGCGUGGACACAUUAGAGGAGCAAGGUGCCGAUGCGUCUUUGAGCGGAGUGGCAGACAAGCUGAUACAUCUUGCAGACUCAGCGGUGGUCCUCGAAGAGGCCCUGACAAGAGAUGAACUGGACGGCAAAGACGAAAUCAUUCAGAAACUGGUGGAGUUGCUGAAAAAAUCUGGAGAUGUGAUGGACAAGAAGAUCAAGGAGAACAAAGUGUUCCAACAGCAGCUACAAACAAACUUUAACUAUGCACUGUAUGAGAGGCUGAUAUCCAGCCUGCAGAGUAUGGUAGACGUGGGCCCAGCGAGCGGAGCAGCAAGGUGUGAGGACAGGAUCGAGAGGCAGAAGAUUGUCUGGGCCUUCGAAGUGACCAGCAGGCUGUCGACCAUGGACAUCAUCCCCAGGAGGCGAUUCCUGGGCUUCGCAGAGCGCUAUCUCCGCAUGCAUCACUCUGCCUGGGUCCAACAGCGUGGAGGAUGGGAAAAAGCAUUUGAAAGUGACGACAUUGACUGAACUUCUACUGGCUGUGGUUGCUUCAUACGUACACAGACCGCAGCUUUGAUUCCCAAGAGGUCACAGUACAUUUCAGAGAUGUAAGCCAUGAUGUUGUAAAUGUUAUGGCCAUUUUAUCCUGCUUUUUUAUCAUGUAUUUUUGUCUGUCAUGUACGGUAGUGUAGUUGUGCACAAAGAGUCAAAAGAUGUGAGAAAGAUAUUUUUAUACCUUAAUGUGUACAUUGGAAGAUGGCAGCUCGGGUGGAUUUUUGUUUUCCGUGAUCCACUGAAGAAACUGAAUGUCUUUGUACUCUGUGCAAUGACAAUAAAGACAUUGAACUGAACUGAAUUGAAACACGA